AUGCAGCAAACCGAAAUAACACCCGCAGUCACAACAGACGAAUCGACACCUCUGCUGUCUUCGUCUAAUGCUCAACCCUCUGAUAACACUACUUCUCCUCGGCCAUGGUAUUCCCGUCCUUCACCCUUUUGGCUUCUCCCGGCAUGCUCCCUGAUUGCGCUCUCUUGGGGUUUGAUGGUCGCUCCGAGAGUAAACUUGUACGUGGAGAUUGUGUGCGAGUACUACUAUGCUUCAGAGGCUAAUUCAAUUGGAUUUGUCGGAGGAUUGGCACAGUCUGGGAAACUAAAUGGCGUAGAUAUAGUGGCCCGGACAUUAGCUGCGAAGAGUAGUAUAAUACCAAGCAUAAUAGGGAUAGGAGGUCUACCGGCGAUAAUGGAUCGGUUUACAUUCUAUCAACCAGGAUCGAAUUUAUCUUACUAUGCCCCAUUAGAAUCAGAUGAUGACGACAUUCCAAACGUCGAAUGCAACAUUCCUGAAGUACAAGCAAUAACGUCGAACUUGUUGUUAUUCAUGAGUCUCUGUUGUGCAGUGCCUUGCGCGUUGGGCACACUAUCGGAUCGCAAAGGCCGGCGUAUUGCACUCUUAAUAGCAACUGCUGGAAUGACCCUCAAUCAUUGUAAUAUCAUCCUAGUCGGGACUUAUUCGCAGACAUUAGGCCCGUAUUUUCUCCUCUUUGGAGCGUUGUUGGAAGGCUUGUCUGGCGGUCCUAUGCUGAGCCUUUUGGCAGCUUGUCAUGCUUAUAUGUCAGAUUGCGUUGAACCGGAGAGAAGGUCAAUCGUCUUUGGCUGGCUGGCGGCUGUUAUCUACCUCGGCGUCUCUUUGGGACCCGUCCCGGCCGGCUGGAUAGUCGCUGCAACUCGGUCAUACCUUUCAGUCUUCUACAUCGCCGUCGCUGUUUUUAUAUCGUUCUUUCUCUUUGUACUGUUCAUCCUUCCCGAGUCGCUGACACCAGAAAAACAAGCAGAAAAUGAACACAAACAAAAAUUAGAAAAACAGACGCGAGAGCAUAGCUCGUGGUGGCGAAGAAACGUGUUGAGUAUCUUUGAAGCGUUGAUGCUGUUCAUCCCCAAAAAUGCAGAUUCAAAGAGACACGAAGACCAAGGCGCGAUAAGUCGUUUGGUUAGGGGAAAUCACGCCUUAAUUUUCGCGGCGAUUAUGAGUUGUUUAAAUUUUGUAGCAUUUCUGGGAAUGCAAGCGGUUUUGAUACUGUACACUACUCUGGUAUUUAAAUGGACCGUGAUGGACCAGGGAAUUUUCAUAUUCUUGAUAACUGGGCCGAGAGCGUUUGUCCUUAUGGUUUUGUUCCCAAUUAUCAUAAGAUGGCUCAAACGAGAUGGCUCGCCACCCAAGGAGACGUUUCUGCAAACUGCAGCAAAGGAUGCCACCUUCUUGACGCAGGAUACAUUGACUCCUGAGCCAGGGGAUGGAUUAUUCGACGAAUUCACUGCGAAAGAUCUUCAGGCGCGGAAAGCACUAAAAUUCGACAUUUGGGCAUUGAGAUUUGGAUUCAUAAUUGAAACGAUAUCGUUCAUAGGUUACGGACUUACGCCGACAGGUUUUGGGUUUUAUGUCAUUGGGAUAUUCCAAUGUUUGUCGGCAAUGGUUCUUCCGACUAUAAAGUCACUGUUGAUCAACUUGGUUCCGCAUUCCAAGACGGGUGAAGUGUUGGGGGCAACGGGCGUUUUGGAAGCAUUAAUGAGAAUACUCGCGCCGCUAUUAUUCAACACAAUUUAUUCUCUGACUGUGUCGACCGUUCCGCAUGCUGUGUGGCUUGUUAUUGCAGCAUUGAUGGGCACCGGCGCUGUGUUGUCGUUUUGUGUUAAAGUGAAAAAGAUCGAGAAGGGGAAGGGGUUGGCGAGGAGAGACGAUGUUAUAGAAUGA